UCAACCCCGUUCAUAUUGACGUGACUCAGGUACUUCUAUAUACAGCUGUUAAAGUGGACGGUUGGCGCGCCUAUCAGCAAGGGAACUAUAGAGAAAUCAUGCCUUCAGGCCCAUCCAACCAAGAGAAAGACACCCCUGCCUGCCCCUUUGCUGGCAAGAAGACCACUGGCAGGAAUGGUGUAGAGAACAAGUUGGUUUCGGAUGAUGUAGACAGACCCCAGCAGCCUAAUAGAGAAACUGGGGCCGCUGACCUAAAAUGGAUUCGUCCUGACCUGCCAAGUAGAUGUACCUGGAAACCGGGAAUGUCUCAUGAAAAGUCCCCUCACAAAUACUUUCCCAGGACAAAAGCUGUAGGCAUUCUGCCCAACAUCCUGGACAGGAUUGGAGACACACCGCUGGUCCGCAUAAACAAGAUCUCUAAGACUUUUGGACUAAAGUGUGAACUUUUGGCCAAGUGUGAGUUCUUUAAUGCUGGUGGUAGUGUGAAGGACCGCAUCAGUCUGCGUAUGGUGGAGGAUGCAGAAAGGGAUGGCAUUCUCAAACCUGGAGACACCAUUAUAGAGCCCACUUCUGGAAAUACAGGUAUUGGUCUUGCACUGGCUGCAGCAGUGAAGGGUUAUCGCUGCAUAAUUGUUAUGCCUGAGAAAAUGAGCAUGGAGAAGGUUGACGUGUUGAGAGCUUUGGGUGCUGAGAUAGUCCGAACUCCCACCAGUGCGCGGUUUGACUCCCCGGAGUCCCAUGUGGGUGUGGCUUGGCGCUUGAAGAAUGAGAUUCCUGACUCGCACAUCCUGGAUCAGUACCGCAAUCCCAGCAACCCCCUGGCUCAUUAUGACACCACUGCUGAGGAGAUUCUGGAGCAGUGUGAUGGAAAAGUAGAUAUGCUGGUGGCAGGAGCUGGCACAGGUGGCACCAUUACUGGCGUUGCUCGCAAAUUGAAGGAGAAAUGCCCAAAUGUUAAGAUUGUUGCAGUGGAUCCAGAGGGCUCGAUCCUCGCUGAGCCUGAUGAGCUGAACCGGACAGAUAAAACCCAGUAUGAAGUGGAGGGCAUCGGAUAUGACUUUAUACCCACCGUUCUGGACAGAUCUUUGGUUGACAAAUGGUACAAAUCCAAAGACGAUGAAUCGUUUGCCAUGGCCCGAAUGCUUGUAAGAGAUGAAGGGCUGUUAUGUGGUGGUAGUUCAGGCACUGCCAUGGCAGCUGCAGUAAAGUUUGCCAAAGAGCUGAAGGAGGGUCAGCGCUGUGUCGUGAUUCUGCCAGACUCGAUUCGAAAUUACAUGUCCAAGUUCUUGAGUGAUAAGUGGAUGUUCCAGAAGGGAUUUCUGAGGGUGGAGGACAUCAUGGUGAAUAAACCCUGGUGGUGGAAUUUGAAAUUGCAAAGUCUAAACCUCUGUGCUCCCCUUACUGUGCUGCCCACAGUCACAUGCCAAAAAACUAUCAAAAUUUUGAAAGAAAAGGGCUUUGACCAGGCACCUGUCGUAGAUGAAGCUGGGUUGAUUCUGGGUAUGGUGACCCUGGGAAACAUGCUUGCUUCUGUGCUUGCAGGAAAGGUGAAGCCCUCUGAUCCUGUCAGCAAAGUGCUCUACAAACAGUUCAAGCAGAUUCGUCUAACUGACAACAUGGGAAGGCUGUCCCGGAUCUUGGAAACUGAUCACUUUGCCCUGGUGGUCCAUGAGCAGAUUCAGUACCUGACGGAUGGAUCCUCCACUCUAAAGCAAAUGGUGUUUGGAGUGGUGACCGCCAUUGAUCUCCUCAACUUUGUGACUGCUCGAGAGAAAAGAGAGAGAUCUAUGUCUGAAUCAACAGAUGAAUACUGAAGGAAUUUUAGCACUUCCUGCCUCAAUCUGAAUGCGAUUUACU